AUGAUCGUCAUCAACUUCAUGCGCUUUCCUGGCGAAAUCAGGAACACCAUCUACAACUCCAUUAUUCGCGAACUCCCUCGGACCACCGCAGGUACCUCCCUACCUGCAAUCGCCUACACCAGUAUCCUGAUACAUCAAGAGUUCAUGUCGCAGUAUCUCCCGCAGAUACAAUUCGAUAUCAUGUCAAUGUCUGACAUCUGGCACAUGCACACAGUUCUCGACAAUCAUCCUUUGGACCUUGGGUGGCGCAGAAUCACAGGACUGACUAUCACCAACUUCACGGCCAUUGCACAUACUCAGACUCGAGCGAACGAGGUCAUGGACUUCUUGUACCAAUUCAUAUCACUCGAGAAUUUGAUUAUCGACGUCACAUUCUAUGAUCUCAAUCAUGGCUUCCAAGGUCGGAUUAAAACUAUAAACCACAUCUUUACCGAGUUCGAACUCUUUCGGUUGCUCUCCUUCACCAGCCUCAAGUCUCUGGUCAUCAACGUCAAGUGUAAUGGUCUGUCUCCUACACCUGGCAGUAUCGCUCUACUCAGCCAUUUGGAGGAUGUACUGAAAUUUGAUACUGGUGUUCGAGUUACUCUCAUACUUUGCGAGUGA